UACAAAAAACCAAGAUUACAGCAUUCCUGUGUAUGCCUGUGGUCACUAGUUUUCUGUGUGUACAUGCAUGGGCAGCUGUUGUGAACACGUGUUUUUUGUUAUUUUGUGUAACAUUGACUUGUGCUGUAAUAUUGGAUAUCACUUAUAGAAGAUACCACCAAUAUACAAAUUCGCUUCCACAAAUGAGAAUUAUAUGAGAUUUGACAUGGAAUCAUAUCACAGGAAAACUGCAUGACACAGAAAGUCAAACUGCUUUAUGUUUAUAUGAUUACCCUUCCAAAAUUUUAAAUAUAAAAUUUAGGGCAGAAGCAAAAAAAGAAUGUCAGAAUCUGUUCAGUACUCUGCAGUAGGAAGUGGAGAGGGAAGAAUACGAAUUUACAGACAACAAUCUUCAGUUGAUGUGCAAUGGCGAGAUGUUUUCUUUAGAUAUGAUGAAAACAGUGAUGGUAGAAUAUCUCUAAGUGAACUCCGAGAGCUAUUGAAUGAUGAAUUAUUUAUUACGGGAAUUCCAGACCAUGCUGUUCGGAGGCUGAUGAAAUCUGCUGAUCAUGAUGAAAGUGGUUACAUAGAAUACAAGGAAUUUAUGAAAAUGGUGAAAUCUUCUCAGUUCCAAAGCCUGUUGAAAUUUUAUGUGGCCCGCUAUGUUGAUACCGUUGUUCCUAAGGGAGCAAUGGAGGGUGCUUAUGAAGAGGAAUAUACCUGUAAAACUUUCAUAAAUAGUAUAGCAAUCAUAAGUGUAAUUGAGAUUUUCUUCUUCAUCAUUGAUGAGUCUUUGAGUGAAAAUUAUGUAUUUGGGCCAGUUGCUAGACUUUUCAUCUACAAUCCUUAUCGUCGGUCAGAAAUUUGGAGGUGGCUGACGUACAUGUUUGUACAUGUAGGGACAACACACCUAAUUGUUAAUGUCGUAGUGCAGCUUCUGCUGGGUGUGCCCCUUGAAAUGGUCCACGGAAGGCGGCGGAUGCUGGCAGUAUACUCUUCUGGAGUCAUAUUUGGUGCCCUCCUCACGUCUGUUUUUGAUCCAGUAGUUUUCCUUGCAGGUGCAUCUGGAGGUGUCUAUGCUCUUCUGUUUGCUCAUAUAGCUGCUAUUUUCUUGAACUGGAGUGAGAUGAAGUACAAUACUUACCAAGUAAUGAUACUAACAAUAAUAAUUUUAUAUGACUUCACUGUGGCAGUGUACUACAGGUAUUACAAUGCUGGAGAUGACAAGACUGGGUAUUUCGCUCACAUUGGUGGUGGUAUAGCUGGUCUCCUGGUGGGAUUCUGUGUGCUCCGCAAUCUCAAUGUUCUACGAUGGGAGAAAACUGUUCAACGCGCAUGCCUGACAAUCUUCAUUGCUUCAGUUAUUAUUGCAGUUAUCAUAAAUUUCACAUGUAAGAGUUGUUUUCUGGAAUGAAGCUAGAUAAUCAUGAAAUGUGAAUCAGGAAAACACUUUUCAGCUAUGGCCAUUGAUGAUAUGAGAAGAAGAACAUCAACUCUUCAUAUGAGACUCAUCACAGCAUAGCGUAUCUGCAACAGACUGCAGUGUCUUUUCAUGAUGCAGUAUUCUGCAACUGAUAUUCUACAGACUGUGUGAGGGGAACAUAACUAAAAUUAUACAUUAUUUUGUAGUAAUUGAAAGUGUAAAUUUCUGUACCCUGAAUGAGAGGUAUGUAGGAGAUAGAAGAACAGCCUUUGUAAUAAUUUUUCUUGUAUAUUCUUGUAUUCCUCUGUCUCCUCAGUGAUCGUCCAUUACCAUUAGUUUGUAAUGAUUCUUGUGUGGGUCACUGGUUAUCUAGAACAUUUUACAUCUUUAAAACCUCUGUAGCACUAUACCUAAUCACAGAAGAAUAAUGUUUAUGCAUAAUAUGUAAUGACAAGUAGAUGGAAGAUCUGAAAUAAAAGAUAAAUGAAUGUAGCUCACAGUUCUUUUUUUUUUCUUUUUUUUUCCAACCAAAAACUUAUACAUUGUGUGUAAAGGUGUGCAUUAACCAUUUGUUAUAGUAAACAUGUGACCACAGAAACAGAAAUACUUACAAUAUCCUCAUUCUCCAGUUUUCAGUAUUUUUCCUGUAACAAAAGUGUUAAUCUGCAAGACAGAAAUGCAUAACUUUUUUUGGGUGUACUGUUAAUCUAUUUACAUCUCUAUCACAACUCAGUGAGCCUUCAUAUUUACUGUGGUGGACGGUACAUAGUAUAAGAGUAUCAUUUUCCUACUGCACAGAGGGUGCAUGGGAAUAACAACUGCUGGUACACUUAAUUUCGGCAUCAUUAUAAUCAUGCAAGAUGUACAUUGGUGGAAAUAAUAU